AUGCCCUGGCAGCCUCUCCCCCGCAUCGCGUUCGCCGUCGCGACCUUUCCGUUUCCUGCAUCAAGCCCGGCCGACCUUCCUCUUGAAAUUGGCGAUGAGCUCUAUAUUAUCGAGGAGACGCCAGACGGCAACUGGCUGCGCGGCUACCUGGUAGCGCCGCCCAGUCUGCUGGCUGGCUUGACUUCUGUCAAGGGUCAAACCCUCGAGGCGCGCGUGUUUAGCGGAAUCUUCCCCAGAAGCUGUGUCGAGGUUCGAGAAAUGCUGGGAGAACCAGAGGAAGGCGAAGAAAACGACGACACAGCGAGCGAUGGCCCCGCCGAAGAUGGUGAUAUGCCACGCGCAAGUGAUUCUGCCAAGAGCGGCGUGACAAAUAAUUCUGCUCGCAAAAGUCGCAAAGAAGGAAACAGGUCGACCAUCUCCAGUAACCGCACCCCUUUCAGAGAACUUCCCAAUGGUACUCUGGGCAGCCUCUCUGUGCCUGUGUUAAGGGACCCCGAUGCCCCACGCCCUGCUGCACCUGUGCCGAUGUUGAAGAUUGGAGACGAGACACCGACGUCGCUUUCAGAACCCUUGAUCGACGAGAUCGCUUCAUGCCUUAGAGAAUGGCAUUCAACCAACUUACACGAGCUCCUUCUUUCUAGACAGUAUGGCCGCCUCGACCAGCUCUCGCAGCUAAUCACAAACCUCAACUUACAUCGUCAACAAUUUUUAUAUAACGUCCUUACUGCGCACGAAUACGACCGUCUACGAGAAAAGACAGUGUGGGACUUGGUACGCGUGAACAAGCUCUGUGGAGGAGAGGUCAUUGUUCGGGACCCCGAAGCUCGAGGAAGGGUUUUGACAGCCGACGACUGUAUUGUCAAGGUUACCAAGUUGCAAUCUGAGAUGAGUCUAUUGGACGAACCUCCACAGUCCACAGCUGAACUGACCGCUCUGCAUCACCUCAUGGUAGAUAUCAAAGGUUUUGCUGGUGCUUCAAUUGAGGAGACCUCCCUUGUAUUCUACCUUGUCAGCAAGCCUGCAUAUGGCCAGCCUUCUGUUCUCUCAGAAGGAUUCACCGUCAGGAUACCCGCAGGCGGCACACUUGUCAACUUGGCCAAGCACGUCCAAACAAAAACACUCUUCACAGAUCUAUCGUCUCAAGAUGUGGGUGACGUACCUUCGGCAGAAGCCGAGCUAUUCCUUGUGGUCAAGGUAUUGGCGUCUCAUCAGAUUAUCCCCCCGCAAUCUCUAUCUCGAUCCGGAACCGCACCAUCAGCUUCGUAUUCCAGGGACCCAACGAAACCGAACUCCUCAGGUGGCAUCAAGUCGAGAAGAAGUCUUAUGUGGGGUAGCAAGAGCUCGAGGGGUAUUUCUCGAGGCUCACCUGUGUCACGCAUGGAUGCGGUUGCCGAGCAGAGUGACGGACGACAUUCAAUGUCCGGUUCUGAGAGCCGAGAGGGUUCUGGGCCGCCGAGUACGGCGGGAUCAAAGACUGGCAGUCCAGCAGAUGGUACACAAACUGCGGAUCGCACAAUUGGCCUCGGCGUUUUACGGCUGAACCCAAUUAUGAAACAAGACGACGAAGUCGAGCAUUUGAUGAGUAUAUGGUCUUCGUCGUUGAGACACGCGGGUGAGAAUGAUGCUGAUGACUGGGACCCCUUGGUCAAAGAAUUACUGGACAGCCCAUCUGGACACUAUGAGAAGUCCCGAAGGGGAGAUCGAUUGCAGCUGCAGCUGAAGAGCUUCAACCACACAGACGCUGACAUCCUCAUAAAAUCCACCCCGACUAUGCUGUCAGGGGUGGCCAAGACAAACAAAAUGGGAUUUUCCGGCGCCCCUACAAGACCUCGCUCAGACAUCUACUUCACCUUGAAAGAUGCCAUACUUGGCAAACAGAACCUCCUGUCACGAUUUGGUGGCAGUGCAACUGCGAUGCCUUCCAGUAUCCAUGGUAACAACCUACAGAUAACUCUCGAGGUUAGGAAGACCUCUGGAGAGCGAAUCGAUAACUGCAUAUUCGCUUCCUCAAAUACAGAGCCGUUAAGCACCUUCAAAUCGAUAGCCGCAGAACGAGGGGAGCCCUGGAACCAAACACUGCGUCUUUCUUUGGCCCCUAAUGAUGUGUCACAGGCGCAUAUCGUCAUGUUUGUGUCUGAUAUGCCCAACCCUCCAUUCGCCAUUGCUCACAUACCAUUGUGGGAUCAAGGGGCGUUCAUACGUGACGGUCGGCAUGGUCUGCUGCUCUAUAAGAUAGAUGAGCACACCUCGACCGCACAGCCCGGGCCAACCGGAAAGGGUGGAUAUCUAUCGCUCUUGUGGAGCCCUCAAGGCAAGGAUGACCACGCAGCUGAUGACAACGGCCCUCUUGCUGUUCUCCGUACCGACACAUACCUCUGUAGCACUCGAUUCUCACAGGACAGGGUAAUACUGGGACUUUUGAAAUGGAGAGAUCUUCAGCGAGAGGAGGUUCCUGGUGUGCUUAAGCAGCUCAUUUUCGUACCUGAGAUCGAGGUGGUCAAGCUGCUCAAUGAUGUAUUGGACGGCCUCUUUGGAAUACUCGUGGAAUACUCGGGCAGUCACGAAUUUGAGGAUCUUGUGUUCACUGCUCUGGUCAGAGUUUUGGGUAUUGUCCACGACCGAAGAUUCAACCUAGGACCUUUGGUCGAUCAGUAUGCCGAGAACCUGUUCAACUACCCCUUUUCAACACCAUGUUUGAUGCGGUCGUUUACCCGGCUUCUUCAGAAUCCCACUGAGCCCGAGACCGCCCGGAAGCUGCGUGCUACAUUCAAGGUUGUUAGGCACAUCCUUAAAUUUAUCACUCAUGCAAGAAAUCAACAAAAAGAAAAGGAAGCUGGAAUUGGCAUCACCUCCAACACAACUGGGUUUACACGCGAGCUCCGUGCCAUUUUUAAGGCUCUUGACGCGAUGAUGCGCAACUCUGCCCCUGCACUUGUUGGGACGCAGACCCUCGCUGUUCAGCAUUUCCACCAGUGGUUACCAGAGCUUGCUGGUUUGCUAAACACGGAGGAAAUUCUGCACAUCGCGAUUGACUUCAUGGACUCAUGUACUGAUGUUAAAGGCAAGCUCAUUCUUUACAAGCUUGUACUGAUUAUCAAUUACAGCAAGCUGGACCUGUUCGCCCACCCCGACCAGAAAUUAGCCUUGAGUACCAACACCGUGAGAUGGAUUACUCCCCACUGGGGCCACACAGGAGAGAUGACAGAUCAAUGGAGAGACCAGAUCCGUCUAUGUUGCUCUGUCCUGGCCAGCCAGAUUGAUUACCUUGGUUCCGAGAUUCCUGACCACAUUCCUAAAAUAAUCGAUUCCUACUUGGCGAUCCUUGCGGCUCCUUGCAAAACAAAGGACCGACUUUCUCUUCUUUUCCCAUCAUCAUACCCUUUCCCAACUAAGCCUGUUAAUGACGACCUUCAAUUCGACGAAGCCUUGGUCGAGCUUUCUGCUAUUUUGUCUUCGAUAUCUAAUUCACCCUCAGGCAUGCAACUUGAGCUUGCCGAGGACGACUUGACCACGUUACUAGAAAAUCUGCUUAGAGUACACAUGAGCAUUCUUAAGGGAGAGGCCUAUCCCCUAGAAUGGUUGAGUGUGCAUAUCCAUCAUCACAAAUCAACUAUGCGGACACUUGAUUAUCUUGCCGGUACUAUGCUGGAAUCAUUCCUCCCCGAGCCGGAAGAAGCAGAGACUUUUAAUACUGAACUAUGGAAACUCUUCUUCACGACCCUUCUCAAGCUGGUGGGCAGCACGUCUCUUGCUUUGGAGACUUUCCCAGAACAGAAGCGAAGAGCAGUAUGGAAGAUUGCGGGUGAUGUUCGAGAACAUGGUGCUGAGCUCCUGCGCCGAACCUGGGAGGCUAUCGGAUGGGAGACUGCAUCCGACGAACGUAAUCGGUAUAAUCUUUCAAAGAUGGGAGGGUACCAGGUGCAAUAUGUUCCUGCACUUGUUGGUCCAAUUGUGGAGUUAUGUCUUAGCGUGCACGAGGGUCUUCGACGCAUGGCGGUUGAGGUGCUGCAAACAAUGAUUGUCAGCGAAUGGACUCUGAGUGAAGACCUGUCAAUUAUCCAAACAGAGACGAUUGAUCGUUUGGAUUUGUUCUUCAAGGAGAAGCCAUUAACUGAGAGUAUCCUUCAAAAGUUGUUCAUUCACGAACUUCUUGAACGGUUCGAGCCCCUGGCGGAUAUACCUGAUGAGCCACUAUAUAUUGCUAUACGUGAAUUCGUCGGCACCAUUGACGAAUUUCUCGAUCUUCUCGUUGCUGUACAUAGCAGCGAUGAUACGGGCGAAGCCUCGAACCUCAUCAAUCGUCUCAGACUCAUGGAAUUCCUUCGCGAUAUGCAGAAGGAGGAAAUCUUUGUUCGUUACGUACACCAACUUGCAGAUUUGCAAGCCGAAUCGCGGAACCACACCGAAGCAGGCCUGGCUCUACGACUUCAUGCUGACCUAUACGAAUGGGACCCAACUAGCCAAACGCCCGCUCUCCCAGACCCAGGCUUCCCAGCGCAGACACAGUUUGAGCGAAAGGAACGGCUUUACUUCGACAUGAUCAAGUAUUUCGAAGAUGGAGAUUCGUGGAGCCACGCUUUGGCAGCCUACAAGGAACUACAGGCGCAAUACGAGAGCAAUAUCUUUGAUUUCUCUAAGCUUGCCAGGACCGAACGGGCAAUCGCAACGAUCUACGAGACUAUCUCAAAGAGCGACAAGAUUAUUCCCAAAUAUUUCAAGGUUGUCUACAAGGGACUUGGGUUUCAUGCAAACCUCCGAGAUAAAGAGUUCAUAUACGAAGGAUCUCCUAGCGAACGCGCCUCGGCUUUUACAGAUCGUAUGCAGGAGCAACAUCCAGCUGCUCAGAUUGUCACUGGGGGAGACGUUGACGAUGUCGAGGGCCAAUUUCUGGUUGUCUCAGCUGUUACGCCUCACCGUGAUUUAAGUCACCAAGUCUUCCAGCGCGCACGAGUCCCACAAGUAAUUCGAGAUUUCCUUCUCUCCUCUCACCCUCAAACCUUCUCCAUCUCCACACGGCGUAACACCACCGGCCCUGUCAAGGAGCACUCUGCCGAGAAGCUGGUGUUUACGACCGCCGAUGCUUUCCCCACGAUUCUUCGUCGUAGCGAAGUCGUCGAUACCCAAGAGAUUAGUCUCAGUGCCCACGAAACAGCCCUGGAACGCAUUGUUCGCAAGACCCAAGAGAUGACUGCCCUCGAACAUCGAGUAGCCGACGGUAACGGAGACCAUGCGCAGCUACUCCUCGAUGCAGUCAGCGUAUCAGUGAACCCUACCUCUGAGAAUAGCGUCGCUUGUUACCGACAAUUGCUGCCAGAACCCAAGGAGACCGAUGAAGAUGCCGGGGAAGAGGAGGAAGAGGGGGUGGCGGAGAUAGAAUUGAGUCCCCAAGACAGCGCCAUCAAAAUGGCACUUGUCGAUCAUGCUAUUAUGAUCAAGAGGUGCCUGGCAAUGUUCUCUCGAAGUUCCAAUGAGCUCCUCAGCCAGAAACACGACGAGCUUCAUAGAUGUUUUGAGAGCACAUUUGCACCAGAAAUCGCACACUUUACCCCUCCCCAACCACAGCCUGAGCUUGUUGCAACUCCUUCACCAACUUGGAAACGGUCAUCUCGUUCCUCUUCAACAAGCCCCAAGAACAAGAAUACUGGCAUCGCAGUCAACGGUGUCACCACAGAAGAGGCUUCAGUGAUCAGACCGGUUUCGAAACGAGGCACGCGACUGAGCUUCCUCGGCGGUAGCAAGAAGAAGGAACCCGAGUUGCCAACUGAGCCCGAGGAAGCAAACGGGGACAUCGAGACCGCAAGCAACCUUAGUCGAUCUCUAAGUCAAGGCCAAAGUAAAGAUCAGGGCCGCCGACACAGUUUCUUCCGCGCGCCGUCCCAAGACGAGAAGCACCCUGAGUCUCCUGGGGGCCUCAGUGGUCGCGGAAGUCUUGACCAGCAAUUCGGAGGUGGUGACAAUAAUAACAACGACAAGCCCGCCGAGAACAAACUUGCCAGCAGGAAGGGCAGUGUCCGCAAGAGAUUCAGCAUGCUCAAGCUGGGCCGCAAAGGUAAAGGCAACGGCAUGAUGGGAAGUCUGGACGAGGAGUAG